AUUGCGUUUUUACUUCCAGCUAUCCUAAAUGACAUUCCUCCUAUCUAAAAUAAACAUUCUGGAUAUCUGAAACAGUAUUCUUACUAGGAAAAACGAGAGUUUCUGAUAUCCAGGAUCCAAUUGUUUCUAGUUAUAAUUUUCAUUUCAGGUAUCAAAAAUCAUUACUAAAACAAACUAAUGUAAUCACCCGCGCGUGACCCAUAAUGCUUAGCGACUCACAUUCCGUAUUUAACACAUUCAGCUUCGUUAACUCCGUUUCCUCCAUGAGUUGUAAUGGCGUUAUCGGUCAUUGACAGGAUCACAAGAAAAGGUCAUGAAGUAGAACGAUCCCUCAGCCAGAGACUUUGUGGUGACAGAGAGUGUCGUUCAAUUGACAGUUGUCUGAGAAACCUUCAGAGAAUUGAACAUUUGUUAUCUACAGAAACUUAUAACGAACUGAAAAACAGUUUGACUGAACUUCGAACGCUAGCAACGGCUAAUUUCCAGGGUGACGAAGAUCGACAAUUCUCCGUAAGGCGAGUUAAUCCAGGACGAAGAGGCAGACCAACCAUUGAGGUUACCAGAGAGCAGAUAGAAUUCCUUAUGAACCAAGGACAUACAGUUAAAAAAAUAGCAAGAAUGCUGGGAUGUUCCUCGUCUUUUCUGUAUAAGAAGUCGAAGCUGAUGGGCAUACCCAUUAGAAGUAGACUGUCUGUCAUAGAUGACGACCAGCUGCAAGAGCACGUGAGGGGACUGCAGGGCACAUACCCAAAUUCUGGGAACGAGAUGAUGAGGGCGCUGCUGCGUGCACAGGGUGUGAUUGUCACACGGGCCAGGGUGCGUGAGGUGUUGACAAGGAUAAACCCCACUGCUGCUGCAAGAAGGUGGAGCCGCACUGUUGCAAGACGGGUUUACCACGCACCGUACCCAAACAGCUUGUGGCAUAUUGAUGGCAACAUGCGACUUAUUCAGAUGGGGCUUUGUGAUACAUGGUGCAAUAGAUGGACACUCACGACUGAUUACCUACCUAAACUGCAGCACAGACAAUCGGGCCACAACAGUACUUUCUCAUUUUUUGAAAGCAACAUCUUUCUAUGGACUACCAUCAAGAGUCAGAUCAGACCAUGGUGGUGAAAACCUGCUUGUUGCCUUAUUCAUGCAUCUUGUUCAAGGACUGGAACACAGAGGUUUUAUAACAGGAGAAUCGGUUCACAAUCAGCGAAUUGAGCGCCUUUGGCGUGAUGUUUUUUUGCAUGUGCUGCAGCCUUUUUACCAUAUUUUCUACUGUCUGCAGGACUCUGAUAAUCUUAACCCAGAUAAUGAUAUCCACCGACUUUCUUUAUAUAUCGUUUAUCUCCCCGAGAUUCAAAAGAGGCUGGAACACUUCCGACAGGCUUGGAACCACCAUGGAUUGCGGACAGAAAAUAAUCAUACACCAACUCAGCUUUGGACAGAGGGCAUGCUCACAAACAUUGAAAUUGAUAACACAGCUCUCAACAAUGUGUUUGGGGAAAAUUCCUACAGCAGCCAAAACAUUGAGGCUAUCCUGGCUCAGCAUGGAAUCGAGACGCUGCCAACAUCUGAUGACGAAGACUUCCCAGCGGUGUCUGUAGAGCCACUUCAGCUCAUCCUAACUGAGGAACAACAAGCAUCAGUGCACAAUGCAAUCCAGCACAUUUCUGAUCUUCAGGUAAAAUAUCGGGCAUGUUGUGCUGAAGUUAUCAGUAUUUUACAAACUUAGGUACAAGCCUUGAAAGUAGGAUCCACUCAACAUUACAGGACAUAGGAUUUCAUAUGCCACAGACAUUUCAAAUGGCUAUUUAACUCUUGCAUAUUUCAGCCAUUAAAAACAUUUUGAACUAGCAGUAACAUUACUUUACAUAACUUUGUCACUUAACAUUGUUUCUCAAAGGGAAUGUGUAAAGUGUAUGUGCAGUACAGUGUACUGUAGGUGUAAUUUAACAUGAAAUUCAUGUCUGAAUAUACUUUGCUUAUUGAAAUUUUGUGUUUGCAUCAGAGACUGUUGACAAAUGAUAGAUAACAAAAAUAUUUCAUUAUGAUCUACAACCAUUACAGUUUCAGUGCUUUAUUUUAUAAACCUCCGUAGCUAUACUACAUGGGUUGAAAGUCUUAUGUUCCUUCAGUGCCUUUGUCAAUGAUGGAGCUGGAGAGUAUGAUACCUAAAUCUUAAAUAUGUGACUACUAAGGACAUUUUUUCAGUGAUCCAAGUUUUGUGUCCCAUAAAGAACACAUUUGUCAUUUUUUUUGAAGGUUACUUACCUCACAAGGCUACAAAUACUUGUUUAAUAAAGGUAAUAAUAUGAACAGUG